UGGCCCGCCACGACGCUGCUAGUCGGGCCAUGGCGCGUUCGUUCGGUGGCCGCGUGCUGGUGUCGCUGACGCUGCUCGUGAUGCCUGCGGCCGUGCUAGCGGCGCUGGGCGCCCAGCUGCUGUUCCAGCUGCAAGCGGGGCGCGCGGAGCUGCGGGGCGCGGAGCCCGGGCUGCCCGCCGACGCUGCGGGGGCACUGCUGCCCCUGGCCGCUGCCCUGGCCGCGCUGGCGAUGCUGCUCGGCCUGGCGGGGGCGCUGCUUGCCGCGCUGCUCGGCCACCUGGGCUCCGAGCUGGCGGCGUCCGGCCCCGGCAGGUCUGACUGGUUUUUCCACGACUGUCGCCGCCUCAGGCACCUGGCCCUGGGGCUGUUCUGCUGCGGGGUAUCCGUCUACUUAGCAGCGCUGGCCAUCUACACCCUGCUCCUUUUCGAGAUCGAGGCAGGCGCGGCCGCCGCCUCCAUCCUGGGCUCCGGUGCGCUGCUGCUGGUGGCUGUGCUGACCCACGCUCUGCUCCGGGCCGCCCGCAGCGGCCCCCACGACCUGCCCCUGCCCAGCUCUGAGGACGAGCCCGGCCACCCUGCAGGCAUCUCCAAGGCCGACCCUGGCCCGCAGCUCCAGCAGGAUGAGGAACCCGAGGCCCCAAGAGAGGCAGUGACCCGCCAGGGGUCUCGGCUCUGAGUAUCACCUGGGUCCUGAGAACCCCACGACGCUGAUGGCCGGUACAAAUCUCACAUUGUGACCCCUGAGCUUCAGGGGCGGCGAACAGUUGAAACUCAAGCAUGGGGAGCUCAGAGCCACUGGCCAAGGCAGAAACAGGUGUAGAGGGUGGGACCCCACUCCUGGCUGGCAGCCCAUUGUGCCUCAGUUUCCUUGUUGUAAAGUGGCCCUGGAGAGGACCCACACACUCUCUCGUGGCUCCUGGCUAGUGGCCUUGUGACGCUGUGGCAGAUAGCCUGCCUGCACAACCUACAAAUAAACUCUGACCCAGCUCCGUCUGCAUCACCUGAGGAUCUCGGACCACGGGGUGAUGGGCCCAGCCUGGAGCCAAAUGACCCUGCACACCUGCUGCUGUGAGCAUGUCCAGGGCAACAGGAUGCACUGGGCUUGGACCUAGGAACAAAUGAAAAGGACAGCGCCUUCAGGACGCAGCCCUCUACCCCUGCCCAGCAAGCGCGCAGGCAGGCUGCCGGCCCCUGGAGCUUUUAUUUUGCAGCAGCCUCUCACUGUGUGGCCCAAGAUGACCUUGACCUUGCAAUCCUCCAGCCUCAGCCUCCUGAGCUGGGAUCAGUGUGCAAAUAAGGCGACUCCCCAGCACAUGCCCAGCACUGGAGCUUCUGGCCUUGGGAUGUUCCCGGGACAACCAGAUUCACAGAUAAGCGCAUGGAGGCUGGAAAACACCUGACCAGGACCCUAGGGUGUCUGGGGCGCUCUCUGGGUCGUGCAGGGGCUGGGGACUUGGGUGGGAAGCCUGAAGGGCCAACAGGCCCGUGAAGCCAGUGCUCGGGAGGCCAAAGCAAGAAAAGCCCAUCUUCAGCACAGCCUGGGCA